AUGGCAGACAUCGACCUUGGAGCCAUCGUAGUCGACACGUUCUUCGUGAGUAUCCGCAAAUGGGUAUUCGCUCUGAACGACUAUUUCUCCAAGCGUUUCUGUCGAGUGCACCCACUUUUUGCGUUGACAAGUUUUGUGAUCGCCGACUACCGCUACUUUGUAUUUUGGACGCUACCUCUCGAGGUCGCGUACUAUUUCUUCAUCCCUUUGCUUGUAAUCGGUAUCCUCGCAUUGCGUCGUUUCUGGUUCCUACCGUUCUUCCCCGCCCACAUGGAGUUGCGUCCACAUUUCCCGACAUUUCUGGCCGAGUCACUGUAUGCGUACACUACGGUCGCAGUGUUUCUCAGUUUAAUCUUCCACAGCUUGUUUUUUCAUUGGAUGAUUGUACCGUCCUGUGUGUCAAGGAUCUUCGAGUGGGAUCCGAACGAUAAGGUGUUUUCUCGCCUUGCGUUGGUUCUACUGCUGUCUACCAUAUUCGAUCAUGUGGUCGAGUAUCCGUUGCAAUUGCAGUCGCAACAAACCACUAAGGGGCUUGAGGAGCAGGAAAAGAAAGGUUCCGGUGGGGUUACUACUUGUCAUCCAAGCGUGGCGCACAAGAUACGAAGCAGGUCGACAACGUUGGCGAAGAGUAAGCCACGCGAGUCGAAAGCAUAA